UACCGGUAUGAAGCAUACCGCUUUUGAUAUUAGUGAAGCUAAUUUUCCAACUAUAAAAAAAUAAUUUUUUUUUCAAUAAAAUACUCAUAAAACUAACCUGAAAUGGUGUCCCUACAGGAUGUAUCCACAUUCAUUGUGCCGGGACAGCUUUGUGCGCUACCUCAAAAUGAAGUGGACAGCUGCUCAGUGUCGGAAUACUAUCCAGAAAUAAAUUUAAAUUGUGAGAUGUUUAGCACAUCAGUCAGCGGCCAUGCAAACGACACCUACCGCAACGUUAUGAUACCAGUGAAUGAAGGUGUCAUCAAGCGUAUAGUUCGCACAUUUUUCGAAAGCGGGUUUAUGGAGGCACUUAAUGAGGCGCGAGACCAAGAAACAGCCACAGUUAGUCCACUUAUAUGUGCAACAGCAAAGUAUACAUGUGAAAUGCUGGAGUUUGUAAAACGACUAAAGACCAAAAUAUUUCCGCAUAUGCGUGAGGUGAGCGUAAAUAAUGUGGCUGAAUUCUCUGAAACGCGUGACUGGCUGCGUUCAUACAUACGUUGUAUCGUUUGGCAUCCGAAUUGCUUUAAAAUCGCUGUAGCGGGCUCGGAUGAUAUUGUGCGAAUAUAUACAGACGAACCCGCAAUGGUGCCAGUGUUAAAGAGCGGCUCACAAAAGUGGAUAACUUCAAUGGCUUGGCGCCCAUUGACCGCUGCUGAAUUGGCAGUUGGUUGCCAAAAGGGUGUGUGUCUCUGGACUAUGGAUACAAACAUGCACAUAACACGAAGUGCCACACAAGCAGUAUUUUUAAAGCAUCCCGGUCACUGCCCAAUCACUUCCGUACAGUGGAGCCCCAGCGGGACACUACUUGCUACAGCCUCUAUCAGUGAUACGGAUAUUCUAAUAUGGGACGUAGAUAAAUUACAAAAUACGCCUUUAAGGCGUGUAGGCUCACCAUGUUCGCUCUUAAAGUGGUCACCCGAUGGUGGAUACUUAUUAUCUUCCACAGUUGGUAGUGUGUUUCGCGUUUGGUCGGCAGAUAAGAAAUGGACACCGGAACGUUGGACUAUUAAAUGUGGUGUGGUGCAAUCGGCAUGCUGGUCGCCAUGCGGCAACUUCUUGCUCUUUGUGACAACAGGCGACAGCAUACUCUAUCGCCUACACUUCCAGGACGAAACGGUUUUUACGUCCGGCACCUCCACUAAAGAAGCUUUAAAAAUUGCCGACUUAACGAAAUUCAAUGCUGGUCGUCGUGAAGUGGGCGGCAAACCGCAAGCGUUAGCCUGGGAUGCAGACGGUCGUUACCUGGCGGUGAUAUUCAAAGAUACCCCUUGCAUAGCGCUCUUCAACACGUGUCUAAAGAAAUUCGACAUGACAAUCUCACCACUUUGCUUUCUCACUGGCCUCUCCACAGAGUACCCUUCAUACAUCUGCUUCCAAAGCAAGAAUCGGCGUAAUAAAGAGACUGUUUUAACCAUUGGCUGGUCUAGCGGGCGCAUAGAAUAUUUCCCAUUCGGCAAUAUGUGAUAAAAAAAAGUGUUUACUGUUUUGGUACAUAAAUAUUAAAAUGGUUUCUGUAUUUAUUAUAUGAGGUAAA